ACAGACGGAACAGCAGCCGGAACUGUGGCCCAGUGCCAAACAUCAGUGCGUACACAGGGAACAUUUGCACUGGAUUUUUGCUGUACGACCAGAUAGACUCAGGGGCCAAAAUUCACAUUUCGGUCUGUUUUGAAACGAAUGCUUUUAAAUCUCUUCGAGUGAGUUGACAAACUCAUCGGAGGGGAUGGCAGAGGGAGGUUUCGACCCAUGCGAGUGUAUUUGCUCUCACGAACAUGCCAUGAGGAGACUCAUCAACCUACUGAGGCAGGCCCAGUCCUACUGUACAGACACAGAGUGCCUUCAGGAGAUGCCAGGACCAAGCUCCUCAGUAGAAGGGGACAUCACUCUGCCCAUGAUUAUUAUGGGAUGGCUAGUUCUGGCCCUUGUGCUCUUUCUGUUCCGCCCAGCCAGCUUGAGGGGUCCUACAGUCAGCAGCAAGCCCACCAGUCCCCAUGGUAAUCAUGGCAGAGAUCCACCAGCACCUCCAGUGGACUAGAGUUCUGCCCAUGGGAAAUAACUUAGACCUUUGAUCUGAUCUUUUGACCUGGCUUCCACCUGAUCAGCUACUUUGACCAGGAUAACCUUUCAGUUUCCCUAAGCAAUUGUUUCAGAUUCCAGAUUAUUUCUUUCCAGAUUUACUCAGUCACUUGGGUUACAAGGUGUGUUACUUCAAUGUUUAAAAUGAGGCAUCAGAAACCUGAGGUACAGUUUCAAAUAAUGGAAAAUGAGUGUACCAAGUGGUAAAAAUGAAAAGGUUUAUACAUCUCUGUAAUGUUUUCAGUUUCUUAGUGUAUUUUUUUGAGAGCAUUAUUAGCUAUUUAGGAGGUUGUUAAAACUAAUAUAAUGGGCCUAUGUAGUAAGAUUAACCUGUAGAAUUUAAAUAUUGCACCUGAAUAUAUUGUGUGGUCUAGAGGGAAGUUUGCCAAGAUAUUGGGAGUCAUCAAGAGCUUUUGGGUAUUUACAGGAUAUGUUUUACGGGAUAAACUGAGGUGAAAAGUAUAGCGUUUCUUGUUGUAUUAUAUCUUAUACAUUCCAAAGUUAUGAUGCCUUCAUAGACAUGUGACAUCAUUGGUCCAUUUGGGAGCAUUCAGCUUGACUCUGCACAUGGUCACUGAUGUACUUGUAAUGAUUCACACAUUUGAGGUCUACCAUAACCACUUCUUAAAAUAUAAUUUUGUGUAAGAGGGAAAAAAUGGGUGUUUUCCAGGAUUUACUUGGAUCUGAUCACGAUAGUCAUGGAUAUGGUUAUAUUGUCAUGGUCUGGGUUUUGUUCACAGAAAAGCAACAUUUACAGACACACCCUGUAUACUCUAAUCUAUUUACCCUGUAUAAAAAUCACUAGUACUUAAUCCAUUUUAGGAUAUGCUCGUCUUUGAAUGACUCAAAGGCAGACAUGUCAGCUGUAGCACUUUGGUUGUGGCAACCAUAAAUUGAGACUGAACGUGAUGCUCCACAGAAAAUACCAAAGAUAACAUGAUGUAAAUUAUCCCAAAUUCUAGUUUGGCAUAAUGUACUCUGAACAUGUUUUUGGGUCUUUAGUCAUGUGAGAUUGUCUGAAUGUUAUAGAAUCCAAGUUGCCAAAAGUUGGUUGAUAGACUGAUGAUUUCUGGAUAGAUCUGGGCAUAAAGUUGGUGGUGUGAAUUUCGGGGCAUGUAUAUUUAAUUCUGUCAGUGUACACUGUUCUAAUGAAAUGCUCAGUUAAAAAAAAAAAAAAGAGAGAGCUUGAACUAUGCACUUUUGGUUACUUCAAAUAAAUAACAACAAUCAAA